AUGGCGACGGCCAAGAUUGCCACAUUGGCUAUUCGAACGCUCGCCAAACCCAUCGCUACACAGCUCAAGAGUCAGGCAGCUCAACAUGAAUCGUUCAAAAGGAUUUGCAUCGCACUAGCACAACGAAUGCACCGUACCGAGAUGGCAUUGCGGACCAACCUGCUUCCGAAUGGCGUACAGCAAAAAGUGCGUCCUCUUAACGAUGCUAAAGCGAUAGCUAACGGGGCCAAUGCAAUCUCGGAAGGGUUUCUGUUCUUUGUCGCUGCAGCACUGAUUCUUGGAGAAACGUAUAGAGGAUCGAGGAAGAAGGCGGAGCAACGAGAUCGGACCGAGGACUCGCUCAACCAGCUCAAGGAGCAAGUGGAGAACAUGGCGUCGGUGCUAGGCAUCGAUCUGGAGGAGCUCCAACAGUUGUCGGAACAGGAACAGGACGGAAGCAAUCAUUCUGGAUCAGGAUCAUCAAAUGCUGGCUUAGUCUCGAACCGUCGAGCGGAUGGCAACGGCGACGUAACAGAAGAAGCGGAUCCCUCGUUGGUGGAAGCACGCUUGAAAGUAUAUAGAGACAAACAAGAUGAGGAUCUCAAGAACAGACAGUUACAGGCGGCAGUAUCAGUGUUGCUCAACCUCGCCCUCAAGAAUCGCUGGGUGGUGGGACCAGAGGCUUUGGAAUUGGAGAGCAUUUUGGGCAAUCGACAGACAACUUUAGCGACAGCCUCGACAUCUCCAACGCACGUUGCGCAAAACCAGCAGCCCCCAAGCACAUCCAACGCGAUUCCUGAGCGUGGCUCGGCUGCAUCGACAUCCUCGUCUGGCGACGAUGAAUCAGCUCUUCGACCUUCUAUCAUCCAACAGGUUGCUUUGGAACGCGCGAAAGCAUUGACAAGAGAAGUCCGGUCCCCAGGAGAAACCGAUUCGCAACCUCUAGACGUAUCCUUAGCCAACUUGCUAGCGCAACAUGGGCAGACAGCUUCAACAUGA